AUGGAUGUGAGGUUGGUUAGAAUACCUAUCAACACUGUUGGUAGUGCUUACUUGCGUUUGGCAAAGGUGCUUCUCGAGAGUUUAUGUGAACAUAGUAUUACGACGGAAAAGGCCAAGAUUUACAAUUUGGCGGAGACUUGUGAAGUUGUAAGUUUUUUGCGGUUUAGAAUGAUAUCUAGUUACUGACAAGUGUUUUACAGCCUAACUGAUAGUGAUUUAGGAAAAAAAAGAUUGUGUAGUAUAUUUUGGAUGGUAAUCUAUCUAUUUUUCAGUCAUCUGGAUCAGCUACAACUCAAAAUGUCGGGAUUCUUGUAUAUGGUUCGAACAUUUUUGUCAACAAUUUGUUGAAAGCUUGAAGAAGAACAACACAUUACAGUACUUUAUGGGCAAAACCAGACCCGGAGGUUUUUGUGAUGAGGAUCUGUGAAAGGAAAUCACCGACAUUGCUUCAUCUCACAUCAUUUCUUUGAUCAGAAGAACUCAUGGCAAAGGUAAUGGCUACUACUAUAUUCAAAAUGUCUUAUCUCAGUCUAUGUUUAUUUUGGUGCUUUAAACUUUGAGCACUGACUAGAUUAUAUAAGAGUAUUCGCUAGCAAAUUUUGUGAUUUAGCACUAUGUUAUUGGAUCUCACUGUAAUUUCGUUUUUAGAUUGCGGCAACAUUGAUUAUUUGAAAGGAGGUCCGGACAAGCUCAAAGAAAACGUCAAAGACAAUCUUUAUGGCCCAUUCAUGUUGGACAAUAUUGCCAACAGAUUUGGUAUUCACUUCACCUAUCUUGGUACUGGCUGUUUUUUCAAGUAUGCCAAGGAUGGACCUUAUUAUACUGUAAGUGUAAGAGAAGAGGGGAGGUGGGGAACUUGAUGAUGACCAAAAGACUUCUUUAUAUUAGUUUGUAAAAAUAAUUCUGUGCCCUCUAACUAUAAAAAUUUGCUUUGAGAGAGGGAAUUGAAUUGAACUUUGAUAAUAUUAAUGGCAUUACUUUUUAGCACAUUAUUCAUUUGAUCUUCAUCUUGGGUUGA